AUGAACAGAUCGAUUUGGUCAGCGGAUAAGAACGAUUGGCUGGGUGGGGAUCCCGGAGAAAUAUUGUUGUACAACGGCAAAACAUCUCACCAGCAGCAACAACUUCAACAAAACAAACUUCUUCUACAGCAACAUCAACGACUUGUUUUCAAGAACGGCGAGUGCAACGUGACGAGGGCGAACAUUAAGAAGAGGAGACAGCGCUACAUGGCUGAUAUAUUUACCACGCUUGUCGAUAUUAAAUGGCGAUGGAAUCUUUUAAAUUUUGUUUUGGCAUUCACUCUCAGCUGGAUAAUAUUCGCCCUCGCAUGGUGGUUAAUUUGUUUCAGUCAUGGAGAUUUCAGCAGCCACCAUCAGGGUAAAAAUUCUACGGAAAAAUGUGUGGAGGAGGUUUACGACUUCACAACGGCCCUACUAUUUUCAAUAGAAACGCAACAAACAAUUGGAUUUGGAUCUCGAAGAAUGAAUCCACACUGUCCUGAAGCCAUUUUUGUUAUGAUGUGUCAAUCUUGCUUUGGAGUUAUUAUACAAGCGCUAAUGACUGGAUUGGUGUUUGCCAAACUAUCGAGACCCAAAAAAAGAGCCGAGACAUUGCUCUUCAGUAAAAAUGCGCUAAUCUGUAAAAGAGAAGGUCAACUCUGUUUAUUGUUCCGAGUUGGCGAUAUGAGGAAAUCUCACAUAGUAGAAGCUCACGUCAGGGCAAUUAUGAUCAAAGCUAGAAAAACUAGAGAAGAAGAAGAAAUUCCGCUGUACCAGUACGACCUGGCCCUCGGAGAUGGAGAAACUGAAGGAAGGCUGUUCAUGGUUUGGCCCGUCAUCGUCGAACACAAAAUUGAUGAGAGAAGUCCAUUUUGGGAACUGUCCGCGGAGAAAGUUAGACAAGGCGAUUUUGAAAUUGUCGUCGUUUUAGAAGGAAUUGUUGAAUCGACAGGAAUGACCACACAAGCGAGAACCAGCUACCUGCCGUCAGAAAUUUUGUGGGGUCACCUCUUUCAAAAAUUGGUCACUUUCGAUAACGAUUCUGGCCAGUACUUCAUCGACUACUCACGUUUUCAUUCAACAUACGCAGUAGAAAUUCCGCAGUGUAGCGCUAAAGAUAUGCAAAACUUGACGGACGAG